ACACACGUGUGAAAGAAUGGUUGGGGUUUCUCCUGUGUUUGGUCGGGACCCUUCUGUUCCCCGAAGCGUUCUGAAGCGUUCGGGACCUUUACAUGAACUUCUAGUUCUUCCGCCUUAGCCGCGGAGACUUCCGCUUCCUGGAUUCCACCCUCACUCUGGUAAUAUCGGGAUCCAGUUUCCAGUUAUCCUUGUUGAGGACCCAAAUCAGAGUUUCUACAAGGUUGCCUGUGGCUGCUUGAGACAGGGUAUCCUGGGAGAAGGAAAGGAGGCAGAUUGAUAAUCUGUCUGAUUAUGAGUCAAGAGGAAAUGUGAAGAAACAAAAUUCAGUGUUCUCUUCACUAAAGAAGAGAGACAGCCUUUGAAGACCCCCUUGUGGCAGUUGUCAGCUUGGAAAAGCAGUGCUUCUUCAAGUACUCCCACAUUCAGCUAAGGUUACCUGUGCCCCACAAAUGGCUACCAUCAGUCUAUCUCCCAAGUUGGCUAUGUCCUCUCUGGGCUCUGCAGAUAACCAGGAAUCAGAAUUUCCUCUUCCGUCAAAAUAUGAUUCUUGUCAGCAGAAUUUGGGUUUGUUUGCUUGCCAUGCUCCAGAGCCUGAUACACCAGCUCAUGUUUCUUCUCAGGAGUCCGUGACAUUUCAAGAUAUUGCUGUGGACUUUACUGAGAAAGAGUGGCCCCUGUUAGAUUCUUCCCAGAGAAAACUAUACAAAGAUGUAAUGCUGGAGAAUUACAGCAAUCUACGUUCACUGGGUUAUCAGUUUGGCAAACCCCACCUCAUCUCACACCUAGAGCAAGAAGAAGAGCUGAGAAUGGAGAAGAGAUGCAUUCAGCAGUGUCCUUCUCCAGAUUGGGGAACUACAUCUAAAAUCAAAUGGUCCAUUCUUGUGGAAGAUAUUUUUGGGAAGGAAGCGUCUGAUGGUGUAAGAUUGGAAACAUCUCAUCUUUUGGAGAAAUCUUCUAAAUUCACCCAUUUGUUUGAAGUCUUUAAUAUUGGCCCUCACCUUACUCAACCAAUAGGAAGGCCCACAAGCAAGAGACCCUAUCACCACCACAGCUGUGGAGCUGCUUUCAAGAAAAGGAUUCACCUGACUCAACACAUGAGCAUGUAUGAUAUGAGAAAAAUGCAUGAAUGUCACCAGUGCCAGAAAGCCUUCACGACCAGUGCUUCUCUUACAAGACACCGUAGAAUUCACACUGGAGAGAAGCCUUAUGAGUGUAGCAGCUGUGGCAAAGCCUUCAAUGACCCCUCAGCUCUAAGGAGCCACACAAGAACUCAUUUGAAAGAAAAGCCCUUUGACUGCAGUCAGUGUGGUAAUGCCUUCCGUACCCUCUCUGCUCUUAAGAUACAUAUGCGAGUUCAUACUGGUGAAAGACCCUACAAAUGUGAUGAGUGUGGCAAAGCCUAUGGCAGGAGCUGCCAUCUCAUUGCCCACAAGCGAACACAUACUGGAGAGAGGCCCUAUGAAUGUCAGGACUGUGGAAAAGCCUUCCAGCACCCCUCCCACCUGAAGGAACAUGUCAGAAACCAUACUGGGGAAAAGCCUUAUGAAUGUACACAGUGUGGCAAAGCCUUCCGAUGGAAGUCCAACUUCAAUUUGCAUAAGAAGAACCACAUGGUGGAAAAAACCUAUGAGUGCAGAGAAUGUGGGAGGUCCUUCAGUGACCUCCUAUCAAGAAGGAAACACAUGAGGAUUCAUAUUGUAAAGAAACCAGUCGAGUGUAGACUAUGUGGGAAAACCUUUCGAAACCAGUCCAUCCUGAAAACACACAUGAACUCUCACACUGGGGAGAAACCUUAUGGCUGUGAUCUCUGUGGCAAAGCCUUCAGUGCUAGUUCCAACCUCACUGCACAUAGGAAGAUUCACACUCAAGAGAGACGCUAUGAAUGUACUUCCUGUGGGAAGGUCUUCAGUGAUUACCUGUCACGAAGGAGGCACAUGAGCAUCCAUCUUGUCAAGAAGCGGGUAGAUUGUAGGCAGUGCGGAAAAGCCUUCAGGAACCAAUCCACCCUGAAGACACACAUGAGAAGCCACACAGGUGAGAAGCCAUAUGAGUGUGACCAUUGUGGAAAAGCUUUCAGCAUAGGAUCCAAUCUUAAUGUACAUCGAAGGAUCCAUACUGGGGAAAAGCCUUAUGAAUGCCUUGUUUGUGGAAAAGCCUUCAGUGACCAUUCAUCCCUUAGGAGUCAUGUGAAAACCCACCGGGGGAGAAGCUCUUUACACCAACUGUGUGCAAAAGGUUUCAGUGAAUACCCGGAUGCAGAGGAAACCUGGCAAGCAUAAGUAGUCACAAAUCUUUCAUGACUUCUCCACAUAGAGAACACAAAACAUCACAUGGAACUUAAGAGAAAUCCAGUUUGUAGAAAGAUUGAAAAGACCUAAGUUGGUAUUCAGCAACUGGGAUCUCUAUGAGAACCUAGAGACUUGGAAAAGUUUGUAUUAACAAGAAACUUUCAACAUACAUCAUGCUCUCAGACACACAAGAACAGCAGAGAGUCUUCAGCCUGUGUAUUUAGUGUUAAAGUCAACAACACUUCGUGAGCACAGUAGAGUGAAUCCAAUCAAUACAGAGAUUAGGGAAAUCUUAACUCAUCUCACAUUUGUUCCUCAUGGGAGAAAUCAGAGUAAAGAAAAAAUCUCAGAAGUAAGAAACAUGAAAAAGUGCAUUAAAAAGUGGAAGGCAAACUGGCCAGCUCCUUAUUAUUAUUGGCUCACAAACCAAGAUGCUUCUUUUUAAAAAGAAAGAUCUGCCAGAGGCAGUACAUGACACUCCAAUUCUAAUAUACAUGCUGUUUAUAAAAACCUUCUUUUAAGGCUUUAGUCAGUAGCAUUGGCUCUCAACCUGGAGCAGUUUUGCUCUCCUGGGCAUUUUUGUCAGUGUCUGGGAAGAUUUUGGUUUUGAGAAUGGAGGGAGAGGUGCUACUGACAUCACAGAUGCUGUCAAAUGCCUAUGAUGUACAUGAGUCUUCCGUAUCAAAGAAUUAUAUGUACUGCUAUAAAAGUACUGAGUUUGAGAAUAAUCUCAUUCAUUUCUUAGUUAUUGUGAUUCCUGUGAACAUUCACAUGAGGAGAAAAUUUUUUACAGCUUUUUUAAAGAAAAACCACAAUGUAGUUCUAAAAUAGAUGAAAACUAACACUGCUGAUAAACUCCAUGAAGAUGAUUUUAGGCACAGUCCCCUGGUGUAUGAAUGUAGGGUUGUAUUUACAAGUCUUUUGAUGACAACUGACUUCAGCUCUUUAGUUUUCUUGAUCUUAUUUUUAGGGAUAUGGUUCUGUGAAUUACUCUUAGUCCCCAUCAUAAACAAUUGAAUAUAGUAUUUUUUUACUAUAGCUUUGAAAAUUAUAUCUUUAUUUCACUUUAGUAACCUUAUCCUGACCAGUGGCAUAAUUAGACUUGUGUGAUACUAUGUACUGGGUAAUGUGAGUAUUUUUGAGUACCUGUGCCAUGUGUAUUGUGGUCAAAGCAGGAAGCUUCCUAACAGAUCCUUCAAUGGAUCUGUUUUGGCUUUCUGUCCAAAAGAAUAACAAAGAUCUAUAGGAUUUCCCAUAUCUAUUUAAACUUCUUCUCUAGCAGAAGAAUCACAGUUUUAUCUGAUUAUCAAAUAAUGCCACUAUAAGAAAUCGUUUUCAGUUUCUUAUGCAACUCUAUUCUCUACAUACCAUUACCCUGGCCAUUGACUCAUAAACAGAGAUGUGUGUGGCAUUCUGAGAAAAAGCUCUUGGAAAAAUGUCUGAUCUUUUUUUAAUUCAUUGUGUGACCCUGAAGAUGAAAACCACAGUCCAAAGAGGACAGAAUAGAGAAGUCACAGUGAUCCUAGUCUGUAUUGUGGCUUCUGAAAACAUUUACAUUGGUACUCUAUUUAUUAAAUCUAAACUUUCUGUUCCCCGAGAAAAUAAAAUUGAUUACAAGUUUACAAUGG